GCGUGGGAAUAAAAUGAGAUAGAAGCCAGUAAGCUAGCCAACCAGCCAUUGAAUAUUUUGGCUUGGUUUGAUCAGUGUGAUUAUUUUUUGUGCGCGCUGACUAAUUUACUGAUUCGGUGAAUUUAGAGAGUUGUGCUAAAUACACGCGUGUAUCUGUAACCAUGACAUCUUCAGAGGUCUCCUCCUACAAUCGCAAGAUAAUAUCCGAGGAUUUGUCAAAUGUGGAAUUCGACACGAGCGAGGAUGUCGAAGUUAUCCCAACAUUUGAUUCCAUGGGACUCAAGGAUGAGCUGUUGCGAGGAAUCUACACUUACGGAUUCGAGAAACCUUCCGCAAUUCAGCAAAGGAGUAUACUGCCAAUUGUGAAAGGCCGGGAUGUGAUAGCUCAGGCCCAGUCUGGUACAGGAAAGACUGCCACAUUCUCCAUUUCGAUAUUGCAAUCGUUGGAUACCACUUUACGUGAAACCCAGGUGUUGAUACUAUCACCUACACGCGAGUUGGCCACACAGAUUCAGAAGGUGAUUCUUGCCUUGGGAGAUUUCAUGAAUGUGCAAUGUCAUGCUUGCAUUGGAGGGACAAAUCUUGGUGAAGAUAUUAGGAAGUUAGAUUAUGGACAGCAUGUUGUCUCUGGCACUCCGGGUCGCGUAUUUGACAUGAUCAGAAGACGUGUGCUCCGAACUCGGUCAAUCAAAAUGCUGGUACUAGAUGAAGCUGAUGAAAUGCUGAACAAGGGAUUUAAAGAACAAAUCUAUGAUGUGUACCGUUAUCUACCACCAGCAACACAAGUUGUGCUUAUCUCUGCUACGUUACCCCAUGAAAUCCUUGAGAUGACUUCCAAAUUUAUGACUGAUCCUAUCAGAAUUUUAGUUAAACGUGACGAAUUGACGCUGGAAGGAAUAAAGCAGUUCUUUGUAGCAGUAGAACGUGAGGAGUGGAAGUUUGACACACUUUGCGAUCUUUAUGACACUCUCACCAUAACUCAGGCAGUUAUUUUCUGCAACACCAAGAGGAAGGUGGACUGGUUGACACAGAAAAUGCAAGAGGCAAAUUUCACUGUUAGCUCUAUGCAUGGAGACAUGCCACAAAAAGAACGAGACAAUAUUAUGAAGGAGUUCCGUUCUGGGCAAAGCCGUGUUCUCAUCACAACAGAUGUGUGGGCCCGUGGUAUUGAUGUGCAGCAAGUGUCUUUAGUUAUUAACUAUGACCUUCCGAACAACCGUGAGUUGUACAUCCACCGAAUCGGUCGAUCAGGUCGUUUUGGGCGCAAGGGUGUUGCAAUUAACUUUGUCAAGUCAGAUGAUAUCAGGAUUCUUAGAGAUAUUGAGCAAUACUAUUCCACACAAAUUGACGAAAUGCCAAUGAAUGUGGCUGAUUUAAUAUAAUUUUUUUGCAAUUCCAACAGUAACAACUUUAUUUCAAAGCACUUUGGUGAAAGGUUGUAAUAGUAGAAUAUCUUUCAAAACUGUCCAUUUCAAUGCUGACUAACAGAUGUGCUUUUCUCCUAGAUGUUUUGAUAUUGUGUUAAUAUAAUGU